AUGAAUCCCCACAAGCUGAACAAGGUCGAUAUCUCGUCCAUGAGCGAGGAAGACCAGAAAGCGUUCAAGCUGUAUGGCAAAGUUCCCGGCAAGAACGUGUUGACCAAGAUGCAGAAGGACCGCAAGUACUUUGACUCGGGAGACUACAUGAUGAACAAGGCGGGAGUCCAGUCUGCCCAGGCGCCCGGAACCGCUAUCCCCACUCCCGAGGGUCUUCCCCACGCAUUCUCACCCUCGAUCGGCUCACCCCCCCCUAUCGCUUCCAGCUCGCCACCAGGCUCCAUCCCCAUCCCGUCCAAUGUCACCCGCGAAUCCUUCAGUGCUCAACAGGGCCAGGGGCAGCAGGGCAACGACCGGCUCUCACCCUCUCAGGGCGUCGGAGUGGGGAUCAGCCCAGCAGCAACGAGCGAGGCAAUGGAAGUUCCGGGAGGAGGCGUGAAGCACGUCCGGAGAGGGAGUGAGAGCCACACUCGCGCGUCUCCACCGACCGUCCUGAGGGAGAACUCCAACCCGUCUAGCUCCUUCCCGAUCCACCACUCGGGCGUAUUCGGUUCGAGCCCCGUCAAGACGAGCAACUUGGGAAGGAUGGUAGAUGAGGAGAGUUAG